AUGGGCGGGGGCAGCCAGCGCGGAGAUUCCUCCGGCGGCGGCGUGAUGCCCGGCGUCGUGAUGAUGACCGAGCUCCAGUCCCGCAUGAGCAAGAAGAUCUCGCAGCUCGCGCGCGUCAUCCACCACCUCAACGACCGCGGCGACGACAACCCCUCGUCGCCCCACACCGGCGGGAUUCGAACCUCCGACCUCGGAGACCUCGUCACCGUCGCCGACCGCUACGACACCGAGACGGAGCAGAUCCUCGCCGACGCCGCCGCCAAGGUUCAGAGCUUUCACCGCGCAUGCGCGAGGAAAGAGGAGGCGGCGGGGCUGGCGCACGCGGUCAACGCGCUGCGCUCGGAGCACGAGGCUGCCUUGGCAUCGAAGGAUCGCGAGAUGGCGAAGCUUCGGGAAUCCAACGCUAAGGCGCUCGCAGAGGAAAGGGAAAGAUUCGCCAACGUCAAGUUCGCGAUGGACGAGUUAAAACAAAGCUCGAAGACCACGAUCGCGUCCCUCGAGUCCAAACUGGCGACAGCGUGCGCGAAUGCGGCCAAGGCGUCGGACGGGGUUCCCGCGCUCAUGGCGGCGCACGCGCGCGAACUCGAUCAAGUUCGCGCGGAACAUGCCGAGGAGAUUAAUAAUUUGACGAAGAAUCACGCCAAGGAAACGGAAGCACAGCUGUCCGCGGUACGUCAAGAAGCGGAGGAGGCGAUGAAAGACCUGCGCGCGGCGGUGACGGACGCGAGCUCGCGCGUGAAACGGGGCGAGUCGGAGUUGGCGAAGAUGCGCCGGGACGUCGAGGCGCGCGACGCGGAGAUUGAAAACCUCCGAACGCGAUUGGAUUCGGAGAAGACGCGCGCCGACAGCUGUGAACGCAAAUGCGGAGACUUGGCACAAAAAGGAGAGGCGGAGCGCCGGAACCUGAUGGACGCCAUGCGCGAUUCGUACGACCGCGAACGCGCCGCGCUCGAGGCGGACAAGGCGAGUGUAGAGGCGGACAAGGCGAGCGUAGAGGGGGAGUUGUCGCGACUGAGGAACGAGUCGGCGGAGGCGUCCGCGGCUCGGGUGGCGGCGGAGCGCGAGACGACGACGCGGCUCGUCGCCGAGCGCGAAUCGCUCAAGACGGCGCUCGGCGUCACGGAGGCGAAGCUCGCGGACGCCGAGCGACGAAUAAUAACCGCCUUGGCUCGCGCGGCGGAUGCGGAAUCGACCAAUCAGCGCUUGACGCGUGUCGCCGAGAGCCAAUCGAACGAGCUCGAGCGGUCCCUCAUCGAACGCGCCGCAUCGGACGCCGCGUUGAGGGACGCCGAGUCUAAGACGGCGGCGCUCGAGCGGUCGUUCGCGGAGGACACGGCUGCGUUGCGUUCCGAGUUGGCAAAGGAAAAAACGGCCAAAACGGAAACUCUCGCUCGUCUCGAAACGCUCGAAACGCUCGAAACGGCCAACGAAACGCUCGCGGCGAAACUCCGCGACGCGGAGAAGGCUUACGAGGUGGCGGUCGCGUCGCACCGCGGGGGUGCGUCGGCGGAAGAGGCGGAGGAGCUCCGUCGACGGCUCGUGAAUUCCGCGGCGAACAUAGCCGAGCUCGAGGCGAACGCGACACAGCUGGCGGCGGAGUUGGCAAACGCUCGGUCCGAGGCGGAGGCUUCCGCGCGAAAGGAGCACGAGCAGCGGUUCGCGGCGCUGCGAGCCGAGCACUCGAAGAAGCUCGACGCCGAACGCCGACGCUUCGACUCCCUCGUGGAGGCGUCCACCAAGGAGGCUACCGAUCGACUUCGGCGCGAGACGGAGGCGCUGCGAGCUAAAGAGGCGGAGACGAAGGUUAGGCACGACGACGCGAUUCGGGGGUGCGUCCAGGAAGGGGACAAACGCGUCGCCAAGGCGUUGGAGGAGGGCCAACGCGUGCGCAACGACCUGAAGAUGCAAAUCGCCGAACUGUCCAAGUUGCUCGCCGACGAGCGCGACGGGGCGCUCAAAUCGCACGAGGAAAAGCUGGCGCUGAUCAACGACGUCGCUCGAGCUAAACGCGCCGCGGACGAGGCGAACGAACGUCGCGAGGCGAUGGAACGCUCGCACGGCGCGAAGGAAACGGAGCUCGCGGAGAAGGAGAACGCGAUGCGACGCGCGGCGGAGCUCGCGAGGCGAAACCAGGGCGAGGUGGUCGCGCAGUGCGAGCGUUUGCGAGACGAGCUUCGCGCGGCGGGGGAAAACGCUCGGGAAAACGCUCGCGUCGCGGAGGAACGCCUCGCGAGGGAACUGAAACGUCGCGACGAGGAGUGGACGCGUCGCGCGGCGGAUCUCAUCCAGGAGCGAUGCGACGCCCUCUCAGAGGCGCACGCGGACGCGGAGCGCUCAGCCGUCGAAGCCGCCUUGGCGGACGCGGAGACCAAAUGUCAAACGCGACUCGACGCGUUGAAUGAAUCGCACGAAAGGCAAAUUGCGGCGAUGGCGGCGUCGAUGGACGCCGAGCGCGUUCGUCUCGAGGCGGCUGCGACGAACGCGAUGUCCGAGCUCGCGGCGGCGCGGGAAGGGGAGAAGGAGGCGAUCACCGAGCUCCGAGCGCUUCACGAAUCUCGCGUGAAGAAACUCGAGGCGGACGCGGCGGCUACAAUCGCCGAGCUGACAUCGAAGCACGCCUCGGCGCGCGACGAGUGCGACGCACUUCACGCCGCGGAGUUGGCGCACGCGGUGGAACACCACGAGCGUUCGAUGUCCGCGGCGGCCGACAAGGCGGAGAAGGCGCUCUGGGACUUACGGGUGGAUUUAGAAACGGCGCACGCGACCGUCGUCGACGAGUGGCGCAAGAGGCACGAGGACGACGUUGCGCGACUCGUCGCCGAGCGGUGGAAGCAGCUCGGAGAUUUGAAGGAGAAGCUCGGCGGCGAGCACGUCGCGGAGCUGGCGCGUGUGCGACGCGAGUGGGAAUCGAGGGAGGAGGAACUGCGUGAGGCCUUUCACGCGAGCUGCGCCGCCGCCGCGGAACUGGCAAAUGAAAAGGCGGCGUUGACCGCCGACGCCCAAUCGGACGCUCGCACGAUCGAGGACCUUCGCCAGAGGCUGGACGCCACCGAAGCCGCGGCGGCGGAGAACGCGGAGCGCAUGGCGCGCGAACGGUCCGAGUCGGAGUCGGAGCGCCGACGCGUCUUCGAGUCGGACCUAGCGAGUUUACGGGCGGAGCACGAAGCUACGAUGACGAGGCUUUCGUCGGAGGCGUCCACCGUCGAGCAGACGCUUCGCGAGUCGGUGCAGGAGUGGACGGUAAAAUACGAGUCUCUCGCGGCGCGGUUCGAGGCGCGCGAAAGCCGCGAGGAGGACAUCGCGCGAAUCGCGUGCCUGGAACGCGCGGUGGCGGAGAAGGAGAACGAGGUGAUCGAGUGGCGGGGGCACUCGGAACAAACGAGGCUCGAGCUGCGGAACCGCGAGGGGACGUUCACGCAGGCUGCGUUCGGCAACGGCGCGGCGACGUUGAAGCCGGACGCGGGGGGGGUGAUGGACUGGAUGUUGGGGGGUAAGAAGGACAAGGCCAGGUCCGGGCGGAGGACGCUCAAGUUUUAG